GGGGGCGGCUGCCGUGAAGCGAGGCGGGCAAGAUGGCGGCGCGGCGGGCGGUGGGCGCCGGUGGUGCGUGGGCGGGCGGUCUCCUCGGCUGGGCGCGGCCGGAGAGGUGCCUGGCAUCUGGCAGCCUUUUUCCUCUGUCCUGCAUCCACACAAGCACAUCUCUGCAGAAAAUUGGGACGUGGGAGAAAAAGAACAGGAUUGUUUACCCUCCGCAGCUGCCUGGAGAGCCCCGCAGACCAGCUGAAAUCUAUCACUGUCGGAGGGAAAUCAAAUACAGCAAAGAUAAGAUGUGGUAUCUGGCAAAACUGAUAAAAGGAAUGUCCAUUGAUCAGGCUCUGGCUCAGUUGGAAUUUAGUGAUAAAAAGGGAGCAAAGGUGAUCAAAGAGGUUCUGUUAGAAGCUCAGGAAAUGGCAGUAAGAAAUCACAACGUGGAAUUCAAAUCAAAUUUACACAUAGCUGCGUCAGUGGCAGGCAAAGGCCGGUACGUGAAGAGGAUUCGUUACCACGGCAAAGGCAUGUUUGGCAUCAUGAAUAUCUCCAGGUGUCACUACUUUGUGAAGCUGGUGGAAGGUCCUCCUCCUCCUCCAGAGCCGCCAAGGACUGGUUUUGAUAAAGCAAAAGAAUAUGUGCAGCAGCUGCGAAGCAGAACCCUUGUUAAUACACUGUGACAGACUUUUAUGACUAUAUAGGUAUUUCUUGUUUGACAAUGUAAUGAUAUAAAAAAAUAAUUCAAAUCACGUAUUAGUUGUAUCUUUGGUGCCGCUGGAGCUGGGUGAUGUGAGUGAUCAUAAGCUUUUUCCAUAUUUGUCAAGCCAUAUGUUUGGAAAAAUCUUGGGAAAGCAGCAACAGAUACUAGUUUUUCUGAGUUGAAGCAUGGCAUUCAAGCUCUACCCUGGACUGUCAAAUCUAGAACAUACAGUGCCAUAUUAAGCUUGUAAAGAACUCUGUUGUCCUCAAAUUCAUGCAGCUGUCUCUUUGUUAUGUAUGGUUGGAUCUUUUAUUGUAAAAAUGUUCCUGAUGUUCACACUGCAAGAUCAAGACUUGGACUAAAAUUCCUGAACUUGGACAUCUUAAGUAGCUACAGUAGUGGAACAAAUCAAGCAACAAUAAUAAUUGAGAUUAACAGCCAUCAAUUUAUGGGUUGUUUUAUCUAGGCCAUUAUGCUCUUUUCUUACAGCCUCUGUUGUGCAUCUUAUGGGUUGUGUUUGGGAGGGGGGAAUAAAAAACUAAUUUGAAGUUCAGGUUUUGACAGAGUCAGUAGGUGGCAGUGUUUAGUUUGUCAGAGCGGGAAGCGGCAGUGCAAACUUACACCGCUUUUAAACUGUGUUCUAGAUUCUGACCGUAGCAUUAACAGUCGGAUAUUUGCAUGGAGUUCAGGGUGUUAUCUGUGGAAACUCAGUGUGAGUAACAGGCACAAUAUGGAGAAAAGCUUCUCUUGGUGAACUAAUUAUUCUGCACUGUCUGGAAACAAAUUGCUUUUGUAAUGUUGAGGCAAGUAAAAUGCUCACUGGAUUUAA